UUGUGACCCAGGCCCUGGUGAGCACUGAUCCUAUCAUUGCUACAUUCCAGUGAGGCAGAAACUGCUGCAGCAGAACGGGAAAUAUAUGACUGGUUCCAACCAUGCAGGUUAUCAACCAUGGUUGUAAAAGAAAAGAUUAAAAAGACCUACGGCCCACAUGUUGGGAUGAGCACGGCAUAUGCUAGUGAACCAGACUUUACCUGUGAAGAUAAGGCUACACAAACCAACUUUGAUAGCCCAAAAGAUGGUAUGACCCAGGAAAAGGCAACAAAUCCAUAUACAGCCCAGAUGUUUGUGCCGAGCAAGAAAAAAUACUGUGUGCUGAAAACAGAAACACAAAUUCGAGAGAAAGUCUCUGCUGCCAAGCCAGUGUCAGAGCCUGGGGACUUUCUCGUGAAGGAAAAAGAGAAGAAAGGUCAUCAUGUUAUCUCGCCGCCGCCACCAGAAAACGAAAACCUUAAUCAGAUACCUGAAGGAGCUGAUGCAGAGUCCACUGUGACGGGCCAGAUACUUUUAGCCAUUGCUAGCCUGAGGGACACAGAAAAAAAUAGCAUCCAGGCAGCUUCAGCUAUGCUAAAUUCAAUCUUGAAAAAAGAGAGGAACAAACUGAGGGGAAAGGUGCCAGAAAUCAUUGAUAUUAUUUAUUUCCACCUGCGAGCUAUCCAGGAACCUAGUGCAAGAGAAGUUGCCAUAGGGGCUGUGUGCCUCCUGGCUGAAAAACACACGGAAGAAACUGUUUCAAGCCUUCUGAAACUCUCAUUGCUUUGUGACAGGCAUAUCACUCAAAUCUGGGAAGCCUUGGGCCAAGCUAAACAGCCUGUAAGACUCCAGGUUCUUGCCAAGCUUCUCGAAGUGCUGAAAAGGAAACCUUGCCUUAGCGGUGAACGCCCGGGAUCAGAUGGAAAGUUCACAGACAACUCCUCCCUUCUACCUCUAGCCGCAACAAAGGCCCUAUGCAUAAUAUUUAGGGAUAAAAAGUGCAAAAUCCCUAUGAACAGCUAUUACGUAUCUGUGAUCAUCUUCCUAGUUAUUCAGCUGCACUACUUGAUGAACUGUACAGAUUCCGAACCUGGACAGGAGGACAUAAUCAGAACAUCAAACUACAUAAGCUGCGCCAUGGAUGCUUUAAAGGCUUUGGUGAAAAGGCAGAAGGCUCCUCAGGCGUGUUUUACGAGUCUAACAGGAAGCUGGGACCUUUUGGCUUCACCAGAGAACUACCUGGAAGGAGUUCUCCUUCUGGCCAGAGCCCUUGUCAAACAUCAUCAUGGGCUUGACUAUGCGGUAUUUACCAAGGUGAUUCCUCUUCUCCAUCAUGGGGAUGACCAGCAGAAGCUGACGGCAAUGGCCUUUUUCACUGCACUUCUCUCGUCUGAAUCCACCUACACGGUGCUACAAAAACAUUACAUCCUGGGCCUGUUGAAGAACUGGCAGGCUGAUUCAUGCCCAACCUACCGCUGGCUCAGUCUCCAUGGAAUGGGCAAUGUGGCGCGUCACCUGCAAAACAAGAAAGAGCUCUCCAACCUGCUCCUGGGUAUACUUCCAAGUUUUAACGACACUGAUGAGAAGGUGAUUUUGACAGCUAUGGAGGUCACAAACAAGAUCGUAACACUCCACAAAAACAAUAUAAACAUGAACAUAUUUGUGAAGAUCGUCAAACAGCUUCAGCCUUUCUUGGCCGACGGGAGACCCAAAAUAACCUGUGCGGCAAACAGGCUGUUUCAAGACAUGAUUAAGAACCUGGACGUGAAAGAAAAAGCCGCUUUGCAGGACCAGGUUCUCAACAGUAUUGUCACGUUGCUACUGAACCUCCAAGAUCCACAUCUGACUGCGGCUAAGAGUCGUAGAGACAGCUUAAAAGAGUGCAAAGUCUUCUUGGGAUGGACUGCAAAUGACAACCAGGACUCUUGGAGCAUGAUUUGCAAGCACCUUGUUAAGGAACAUCCAGGGAAACUACGGAACUUUCUGGACCAGGCGCAAGACUAUACUCAAAGCCCACAAAUGUAUACAAGAAAUGCGGCCACCAUGUUUAUAGAUUCUAUCUUGGAGCACUUAGAUUCCAGUCCUCUACAAAAGUCAGAAGUGGACUUCCUGAGGCAAGCUUUCAGCUCUUUCCCAUCAGAAGCACAGCGCCCUGUCCCGGUUGUUCCAGAACCAGAAAAAGUACGCAGGUACUGCGCAGACCUGUUCAGAUGUUCCCGCUAUUUCCCAAGAUCUUGUAUUUGACGCCUGUAUCUGAAGUUAAUAUCCAUCUGAAUAAAGAGCACUGUAUGAAAUUUCA